GGCUUGAAUAAAUGAAUGCAAAAGCUCUUUGGUAUUUCCAGUAUUUCAGAGAGUGUUGGAGAGUUCAGUCGAAGCAAAGAAAUGGAUCGCUGGGUGAAAAAGAUUGCCGUUGUGACGGGAGCGAGUGCAGGAAUCGGUGCUGCGAUUGCCAAGGAUUUAGCCAAAACUGGGAUGAUAGUUGUAGGAUUGGCGAGAAGAGUGGAAAAAGUCGAAAAGCUGAAGAAUGAUCUUCCUGAAGAUAUGCGCCAAAAUCUCCAUUCCGCGAACUGCGACGUGAUGAAAGAAGAGGAAAUUAUAAAGACUUUCGCUUGGAUUGAUGAGAAAUUCGGAGGAGUGGAUGUCUUGAUCAACAAUGCCGGCAUCCUCAUUCCUUCUGUACGUUUAAUCGACGAAGGAAACUCUGCAACUAUUCUAAAUACAGUGAAUACCAAUCUGAUCGGAUUGAUUUUCUGCACUCGCGAGGCUUUCAAAUCCAUGAAGAAGCGCUCUUUUGCUGGUCACAUUGUUCAUAUUAGCAGUUUGGUAGGACAUAUUGUGCCUAAUAUGCAAGCAACAUUCGAUGAUUACAACUUCAAUGUUUACUGUGCAACGAAACACGCUGUAAAAGCUUUGACUGAGGGUCAUCGUCAGGAGUUGCUUAAAGAAAAAUUGGGGAUCAAAGUCUCCAGUGUGAGUCCUGCAGUCGUUCAAACAGACAUAAUGGAUUGCUACAGUGAAGAGGCACUAAAAACCAUUCCUCAUUUGAAAGCAGAGGACAUUUCUGCAGCUGUACUUUACGCAUUGGGAACUCCUCCGCAUGUACAGAUUCAGGAUAUUGUUAUUAAGCCAGUUGGUUCUUUUAUUUAGUUGACUGUAUAAAAAGCACACAAAAAGAAACAUGCAAAAUCUGAACUAAUAAAUAUCCCAAAUGCCGUCUCUAAGAGGAA